AUGGACUCUCCGACCUGUCCUGUGUGUCGGUGUAGAGGUGGAGGUCUAGGCGCUGACAUCAUACGCCUCACAUGUACCGCAGCAAUUAUGGGCUCGGGCGUAGCCUGCAGUGCGGACCCUAACCCACCGGUUGCUUUGAUAUUUCAAAACUAUUAUCGGGGCUUUUUCUUCGACAGCGUCUCCCGCUUGCAAUUUUACUAUCCCUGCUCUCUCUCUCUCUCUAUUUGUUCAUGUCCAGGCUUCCCACUGGCUCGACAGCAGUCUUAUAUGCAUCAGUAUCACUACCCCAAUCUGGAGACAGCCGAGGAGGAUGGUCGACUGAAGCAUCCCCGAUUCGUCCGCGUUGGCUCUGGACGCCUGGUCAGUACGUGCGGCACACGAGACGCCAUCCGCAACCGGAUGAUUGCCCAGAAUGCUCUGCUUGAUCCGCCAGUACAACAACCCUACGUGAAUAAUACCUUGGAGGAGGAGGAUGAUGAGAACCUGGAUUUUGACCCCUCUCGUCAUCAUCAUCCAAUGGGUCGGAGGGUCAACUCCCUGGAGUCCUUACAACAGAUCUUCCGUCAGGGUCCGUGGCUGCUUUUUGCUCGUGUAUGA